UGGAGAAGACAGGCGCUGGGAUACCAAGUCCAAUAGGGAGAAUGGUCGAAUACAAGUGGUGGUGAGUCCGUGAAGUGUAUACGGGAAGAUAGCACUAAUCUGUCCUUAAUACUAACGAGACCGGACACUGACUGAAGUGAGGAGCUGGGUUUUAUAGGAAGUAUAGUGGCUGAUGAAGUGCAGGUGUGUGAAGGGUGACAGGUGCUGGGAAUUAACAAUCAGGUGAGGGAGUGCAGAGUGACUGUGAUGAGUAUAGUGGCUGGUGAGACAAAGACAGGUUGUAACAACAAGAAAAUAAAUUGUAUUAAACAAACAAUCUAGGAGCCAAAAAAACAAAACAGUAGCCCAUCAGAAUUCAAAACACAGCAGUGGAGCCUGCUCUCGAUCUCAUAUCAAUUGACAGGUACAAUAAUAUAUUGCGUAAAAAGUGUGGCUUCCCCUCUGCUAGAGGGCGUGGACCACAGCUGGGGGUGGUGAUGGGGAACAACGUGCUCUGUGUGUACAAGCAGCAGCGACAAGUCAACAAGUCAGUCAGACUUAAAAGCAACCAGAACGUCACAGAUCCCUCCGGCUCUGUAAAUCAGUUUAUCCCACUUUGAACAGACUGGUGACCAAGAGGACGACCUGUUGAAGAUUUCAAAGCAAAACCGUUUCUGACAUGCACUUUGAUAAAUCCUUUACCUGUUUAAUGGAAAUGAUACUUUUGUAUCAGAAGGGGGAAAACACACUCAUAGUAUAAUGGAUUUGAUAUUGAUGUACUUCAUCUAACGGAAAGCACCAUGGAGAAACUGAGCAGGCAGUAUCAUCCAACGCCAAAAGAGAAGCCGUGUUGCACUCUGCCCACAGUGAAGAAACUCUUGGAGCAGAAGAGAAGACGUGAAACAUCCUCUGUGCCCUCCUGCUCUACGGCCAGCACAAGUCCUGUUCCUCCAACUACACAGUUGUCUUCAUCAGAACCAUUUACCUGUACAGGCGCAUCAAGCAGCUACUCAGACAUGGCAGUGAGCUAUGAGCAGUGGACUCCAGCAUCAGAGUCUACACUCAGUUACUACCCCAGCAAUCCAGGAUCCAGCUAUGCUGCAGCCUACAACCUCCCUAUGACAUCUGAAUACGGCACACAGCAGCAGGUCCCGGGAUUUGGAGAGACAAUGUCUCAGACAUAUCAGGAGUGCCCGAUGACAGUCGCAGAUCCCAGUAUGGCUCCAUCUUGGUCACUUCUUAGUCCCAGUCAGACCGCACCGCUGGGUUUUGGUUCAUUGAUGGAUGCAACCAAGCUGGAAGAGGCCAGGAUGCUGCUCAGUGGGAUGGACUACAGCAGAGCCACCAGGCAGGAUGAAGACGGAGACACCAUCCUGCACAUCUACACUGCCAAGGGGCUCAGGGAGUGUGCUUUUGCUGCUGCAGAGAGGCUGAGGGAUGUGGGCAGGCUUGAUGCCAAAGAACACAAGGGAAAGACUGCUUUACUGGUGGCGGUGACGGCAAACCAGCCAGAGAUUGUGCAAGAUCUGCUGUCAUUAGGAACGGACAUCAAUGCCUGUGAUGUCAAAGGACAAACUGCCCUUCAUCUGGCUGCCCACUAUGGCUUACCUGGGGUUCUGCAGGCAAUUCUGUGUAGCAGGCCGGCUGUCAACCUGGAGGCCCGCAAUUUUGAAGGUAUGACUCCUCUGCACUGUGCAGCCAUUUCUCACAGUGUCACCAUGAAGGCUUUGUCUAGCAGUGGGCUGGCAGAUCUUAGUCUUCAGACCAAGGCUGCGGAGAAGCUCUCCUGUGUGCAGAUGCUUCUCAAUGCAGGGGCAUCCCUGCUCAGCCAGGAAAUCAAAAGUAACAAGACUGUGCUGCACUUGGCUGUAAAGGAGGGGAACAUCGAUCUGGUGCGUUAUCUGCUGAGGAUUCCCCUGUCAAACAUGAAAGACUUUGUCAACUUAAAAGCUCAUGGUCACACAGCUUUACACAUGGCAGCUGGUCUCCACGGUAACCCCUACCAGGAGGAGAUCCUGCGGCUGCUGCUGAGCAGAGGAGCUGAUCCCAGCAUCCGCAACCUGGAGAACGACCAGCCAGCUCACCUGCUGCAGAGUGGCCUCCAGGGAGAGCAGCUCAAACUCAUGUUGAAGAAACGAAGCACUUCUUCUCGUCGACGUAUCGUGUCCUUGCAGGACCAGGAAUGAUUUGAAUCACUUGUAAUCCCCAUUUGGAGGGAACGAGUCUUUUAUGAUGUAGUCUCUGUUGAGAAGGGGAUUUAUUAUUACGUGGUUUUGGGAGUCUCUGGCCUAUAUAUUGUUAAACUAGUUUGGCAUAUUAAUCUCUAGAUAUAAUUCACAUUGGAUUAGAUAAAUUAUGCUUUAAUGCAUAAAUUUUAAAUUAUCUGCUUAAGUGCUUUAUUUAUUUUCCUACGCACAGGGUGAAAUAUUCAUGUCUAGGUGAAGCAUUUCAUUUUUGGAAUGUGAUAUCCUCCAUCGCACCUUUUCACAAAAUGCUCCUGCUGUUGCUGACAAAUUGGUAUGUGUUUACAAUUCUGACUAUUAGAGACACAUUAAUUUAUGUAUUUAUUUUUUUUUUUGGAAUGGAUAUUUAACAUUUUGAAAUGAAAGCCUUUAAAUGAACAGAAAUCAACAGCAUUAGUGAUCUUCAAAAAGUAGAAGGUAUAGAUGGUGCUGUGAAAGGUGGAGUAAUAAUUUUCCUUAUAGGCCACACUCCCAGCUCAAUGUUGAUUUCUAUGAAAUCGUUUGUAUGAUCUCCAGGACAAUGUCCCUGAAACCCGCCUGACUCUCUUGUCAAAACCCCCAUCGUGAUAAGUUAUCAUAUUGACAUUGAGUGAUGGUUUUGAUUUCAGUCAGCAUGUGUUCUUAUGUUAUGAAUGCGUGUGUUCAAAAUGAAAAUAAUCUAUAACAUAAUUGAACUUUCUCUCUGUAUGCAUCAUACUUGUAGAACAUCAGGUGCAAUUUAUUUUCGUUGUGGAAAAAGAAGUUUUACUGUGUAAAACUUAUGUAUUUGAAUAUGAUUGUGACAAAUAUGAUAUUCUUAUCACAGAGACAUUGCAUGAGUAAGUGCAGUGACAAAUUUUCUGACUAACUGUACAUUUUGCUCAUGAGGCAUGAAUAAAACAACAAUAACACUG